UCCCGGGACUGGCAGGAGAUAUGCUCCUCGCUCCUGCGCGCUCCUAACGCUGUGCUCCAUUCGUACCAGGGGUCCUCUGCACCCCCUGCAGGCGGGGCAGGAGCGCCCGCGGCACCGCCGUGGCUUGGGUAGUUCCCGACCGGCCCGCCGCCGCCACGUGGCCCGGCCCGGCCGUUCGACACCGGCUCUUCCGGGGGGGGGGGGGGGAGUUGCGGGGGCCGAUCCCGCGGGACCGUGUCCGGAGGCUACCUGUGCCCCCGCAGCACGAGCCACACAGCCAGAUUCUGACCUAGGAACUUGUGACAAAGAAGGUGACUCUGGAGCCCGAAUUUCUGAGGAUGGAAAUCUGCCUAAGACAAUGUCAGAAACACUCACAGUGAUGGAGCCCCCUGCCACUGAGUCUCAGGCACUCCCCGAACCCGGAUUAGGGGAGCUGUUAGGAAACCCAGAAGGGCAGAACCUGCGGAGCUGUCCCCCUCAGGAGGGAGGUUUCAGGCAGGUGACAGUUACCCACUGGAAGAUCCAAGCAGGAGAGACAGCUCGGGUGGGCAGUAAAUCAGGAGAAAGCCCAGUUCUGAGCUCAAACCUCCUCCUCCUCCAGAGAGAGCUUGUGGAACGGGAAGCCCACCAGUGUGAGACUUGCGGCCAGACCUUCCCAUUUAACUCAGACCUUGUAGGACAUCAGAUUGCUCAUUCUGGGGAGAAAUCUUGCAGGUGUGAGGAGUGUGGGAAAAGCUUCAGCCAGAGCUCCCACCUUGCUGAGCAUCAGAGAGCUCACACUGGAGAAAGACUCUAUGUGUGCAACAUGUGUGGGAAGGACUUCGUUCACUACGCAGAACUCGCUGAGCACCAGAGGGCACAUGUGGGAGGAAAGCCGUUCCGAUGCGUGCAGUGUGGGAGAGCCUUCCAUCACAGCUCAGACCUGGUUCGGCACCAGCGAGUUCACACCCGGGAGAGGCCUUUCGAAUGUAAGGAGUGUGGGAAAGGCUUCAGUCAGAGCUCCUUGCUUAUUCGCCAUCAGAGAAUUCACACAGGAGAAAGACCCUAUGAAUGUAACGAAUGUGGAAAGUCCUUCAUUAGGAGCUCAAGCCUUAUUCGACAUUAUCAGAUCCACACAGAGGUGAAACAGUAUGAAUGUAAGGAGUGUGGGAAGGCUUUCCGUCACCGCUCAGACCUCAUUGAACAUCAGAGAAUUCACACUGGAGAGAGGCCCUUUGAAUGUAACGAGUGUGGGAAAGCCUUCAUUCGAAGCUCAAAGCUUAUUCAGCAUCAGCGAAUCCAUACUGGGGAAAGGCCUUAUGUAUGCAAUGAGUGUGGGAAGCGUUUCAGCCAGACGUCAAACUUUACUCAGCAUCAGAGAAUUCACACUGGAGAGAAACUCUAUGAAUGUAAUGAAUGUGGGAAGGCUUUCUUUCUGAGUUCGUACCUUAUUCGACACCAGAAAAUCCACACUGGAGAGAGAGUGUAUGAAUGUAAGGAAUGUGGGAAAGCCUUUCUCCAGAAAGCCCAUCUCACUGAGCAUCAGAAAAUCCACACUGGGGAUAGGCCCUUUGAAUGUAAGGACUGUGGGAAAGCUUUCAUUCAGAGCUCCAAACUGCUUCUUCAUCAGAUUAUUCAUACUGGAGAGAAGCCCUAUGUAUGUAGUUAUUGUGGGAAAGGCUUUAUUCAGAGGUCAAACUUCCUUCAACACCAGAAAAUUCAUACUGAAGAGAAACUCUAUGAAUGUAGUCAGUAUGGGAAAGAUUUCAGCUCGACCCCAAACUUUAAAAAUAAUCAAAGUGUUCACCAGGAGGGACUUCCCUUGAAUAAGACCACCAUACAUUUGGGUGAGAAGUCUGCAGGUCACGGGGAAUGUACAGCUGACUUAUAAAAUAGCCAUCCUCCAACUCAAGUGGGUGAUGUUUAGAAGGGAGCGGCACGAGUUCACAUGAUUCCGUUCAUGUGAUUUGGGAUGUGUCAGCAUUGUCCAAAGUCUUAGGCAGGGCUGCUUUCAGAGUGGGCUGUCCCCUACUGCCGUGCAGCGGUGCUGGGCUGCUGUCCUCAGCUAGGAAUGUGUGACCUCAGGAGAGCCACGAGACCGCACAAGUGACUCUGGGCUGGAACAGUGCUGGGGGAGGAGCUAGGUCUCAGAGAAGGUUCUGUAUUUUAUU